GAAUCUUCCGCGCAAGUGUCACGCGAGUAUCAUCCCAAGAAUUUAUUAGAGUUCUUUAUCGAGACUCGUCGAUCGCUGACUUGACAAACGUACGCUGCGAGAAACAUGUCCUUUUUGUAUAGACAGGAGAUAAAAUCGUUACAGGACGGAACGCAGAACACCUUCGUGAUCGGCGUGAUCAUAAGUAGCGCGAACGUCAGGACGUUCGAUGCUACUCGAACGAAGUUUCAUAAAGGUGAACGUAGCGUGUGGGCGUUUACCUUGCGCGAUUCCGAUGAGGACUUUAUUAACGUGACGGUAUGGGGCAGUACGGAAUUCGUAAAGAAAUUGUCGUCCACAUUUACCAUCGGAUCCGUAGUGGAAGUGAUAAGCGCGAAAAUUGCGAAGCGCCAGCCGCACGACAAGGAUGAACGAUUCGUACCGUCAACGUCCAGCCCUUACUCCCUGAUCGUGAACGAGGGUGCGGCCGUCAUACAAUGCCACGACGCACCCACUCGUCAACAAUAUGUUAGCUUACUGACGCGACCGGUUAAAAGCGUUACCUUUGCGAAAAGCUUGAAAGCCAUUCUGGACAAUAUCGAGGCCCUGUGCGAUCGCUUUGUGGAUCUUCUGGUCGUCGUCACGUUCGUCGCAGACGUGCGCAACGUUAUAACCCGGGACGGACGCGCUUUAACGUGUCGCAGCUUCGAAGUCACGGAUGGAUCGACGCAAAACACGGUGUCGCUGGUACUGUGGGACAAGGAUUGGGUCGAGAGAUCCGCGCUUUGGGAAGCGAAACAGACGGUACUGUUCUUAGUGGACGCCCGUAUCGCGUACGACGAGUACAAGAAGAAAACGGCGUUGAGCAUAUCGAAACGAACGCUGAUCACGGAGAAUCCAGACGUACCGCAAGCCACGAGCGUUAAAAGCGCGGUGCAACAUCAUGAAUCUGAUACCAUAUGCAGCGAUCCGUUCGCCGUACCAAACCCGGAUACCGUCACAACCGUAAUGACGAUACAGCAAGUCACGGAGAAGUUGCAAAAGAAAGCGCUCGCGGAGGACGAGAGAUUGCAAUUCGCAACGAUCGUGAAGGCUUCGGUGAUCGAGAUCAAUCUCGACGGUCCGCUCAAAACUGUGGUAUCUAUAAAAUGUGCCCUGUGUAAAAGGAUCGUCGCUGACGUGCAAGAUUCGUGUAUGAAUCUGAGUUGCCCGUCGGGUAACGGAAUGCGUGCACCGUCGAACACCGUAAAGUUUAAUGUAAAAGUCAAUUUGAAGGAUGACACGGGAUAUCUCAUCGGUUGUCGUUUGAUCGGUGACGUCGCGGAGCGCGUCUUGGGUUGCACAGUCGAUGAAUUUCAGGCAAUGACGGUGGAAGAACGUAAUGAACUGAAGUGGAUGUACUUGCUAGAGAAGUACAAUAUUUGCCUGCACAUUCUUGGGCCGACUCCUGCCUUCCCACGUGCUUUGUACAACAUUUUAUCGAUUCAGCAUUGCGCAAACGAAAAACCGGAAACGGAAACGACAAAUGAAUAUACCACAACUACGGAUUUUCAGGAUUAAAAAUAUUCUUUUUUUAAUUACUCUUUCAAUAUACAUUAUGAUUUAUCACAAUGAUAAAAUAUUAGUAAAUAUACAUAUAUAGUUUCUUUUAUUUUCUGUAUGUAUAAGUACUUUAUAGACAUGUUAAUUGUUUUGUUUAAAAUACUUGUAAUAUUCGAACUAAAUAACAAAGCCUCGAAAUAUUGAAUAAAAUACACAUCAUUGUUUGAAGAAAA